AUGAUGAGUGAUGCAAGUGACAUGCUUGCUGCGGCCCUGGAGCAGAUGGAUGGCAUUAUAGCAGGUUCCAAGGCGCUGGAAUACUCCAAUGGCAUCUUUGACUGCCAGUCCCCCACCUCCCCAUUCAUGGGGGGCCUGCGGGCACUGCACCUCGUGGAGGACUUGCGGGGCUUGCUGGAGAUGAUGGAAGCAGAUGAGAGGGAGGGGCUGCGCUGCCAGGUCCCGGACUCCACGGCCGAGGCUCUCAUCGAAUGGCUCCAAAGUCAAAUGACUAAUGGACACAUAUCUGGGAAUGGAGAUGUUUAUCAAGAAAGGCUGGCUCGUCUGGAAAAUGAUAAGGAAUCUCUUGUUCUGCAAGUAAGUGUGCUUACAGACCAGGUGGAGGCCCAAGGAGAAAAGAUCCGGGAUCUGGAGUUCUGCCUGGAGGAGCACAGGGAGAAGCUGAAUGCCACUGAGGAGAUGCUGCAGCAGGAGCUUUUAAGCAGAACAACUCUUGAAACUCAGAAGCUGGAUCUUAUGGCAGAGAUUUCUACUCUGAAAUUAAAGCUUACAUCUGUAGAGAAGGAUAGAUUGGACUAUGAGGAUAGAUUCAGAGACACAGAGGAUUUGAUCCAGGAAAUAAAUGAAUUGCGGUUGAGGGUGGGAGAAAUGGACAAUGAAAGACUCCAGUAUGAGAAAAAACUGAAAACAACCAAAUCUUUAAUGGCCAAACUUUCUAGCAUGAAAAUCAAAGUGGGUCAGAUGCAGUAUGAAAAGCAGCGGAUGGAGCAAAAAAGCCAGAUGCUAAAGGAUGAACUGUCAGCUCUGAAAGACAAACUGGAGCAGAAGGAAGCUGAGGUGAAAAGGUUGCAUGAAAAACUGGUUUGCAAGCUGAAAGGAGAAGGGAUUGAAAUACUGGACAGAGAUAUAGAAGUACAGAAAAUGAAGAAGGCGGUAGAAUCUCUAAUGGCAGCAAAUGAAGAGAAGGAUCGGAAGAUAGAAGAGCUUCGGCAAUCUCUGAAUAGGUACAAGAAAGUCCAAGACAUGGUGAUACUGGCUCAAGGCAAAGAAAGUGAAAGUGAAGACUUGAAUUCAGGGUCUGUUUCCACUGGUUUAUUGGACACAUCAAGUCUGGCUGACCCAGAGAAAAGCCCAUCCCCAACCCCAGUAACAGCAUCUCCAAUCCAUGAUGAGUUCAACAUGAAUAUUCACGAAGAGAUCCACACCAGCAUUUUACAGAUUUCAGUCCCUUCCUUUUCAUCAGCAUCCAAGAGCUCAGAAGCUGUUGCAGAGAGACUGAAAACACACCCUAGGCCAGAUCCUGCAAGUGAAAUGAGUGAAGGAAGAUCAACAGGUUCCUCCCCUGAAACUCAUCUGUGUGAUAGCCCAGUAACUUCCACACUGCAGAAGUCCAGCAGUCUGAGCAGUCUAAGGAAAGAGGCAUCUGAAGUGCACUCUGACACUUGGCAGAGAACCAAUCAGGUUAAACCUCCUGUGGAAGGCAAUAAUUUUGCAACCCUCCCUCCCAAGUCUCCUUCUCACGGUGGCACAGGUGACGAGGACAGUUUUGGCACCCGCAAAGCCAGAUCUUCCUUUGGCCGAGGUUUUUUCAAGAUAAAAAAUAACAAGAGGACUGCAAGUGCCCCCAAUCUGGCUGAAACGGAGAAGGGAUCUGCAGACCACUUGGAUCUGGCUGGCUUGCCCUCUCACCCAAAAGAAGCAGAUAGUCUGCAGAUGACACCACCUUCUCCAGAUUCCAGAAAAAAGUCCAGGGGAAUCAAGAAGUUGUUUGGAAGACUUAAAAGAAGUCAGUCCACCACCUUCAACCCAGAUGACAUGUCCGAGACGGAGUUCAAAAGAGGAGGGACAAGAGCCACGGCAGGGCCCCGGCUGGGCUGGUCUCGGGACCUGGGACAGUCCCACAAUGAGCUGGAUAUGCCAUUUGCAAAGUGGACCAAGGAGCAGGUUUGCAACUGGCUUCAGGACCAAGGGCUUGGCUCUUACAUCAAUAAUGGCAGGCACUGGAUAUUGUCUGGGCAAACACUUCUGCAGGCUUCUCAGCAGGAUCUGGAAAAGGAGCUUGGGAUAAAGCACCCUUUGCAUCGGAAGAAGCUCCAGCUUGCUCUGCAGGCACUGGGAUCUGAAGAGGAAAACAACCAUGGAAAACUGGAUUACCACUGGGUUACCAGGUGGCUGGAUGACAUUGGCCUGCCCCAGUAUAAGACCCAGUUUGAUGAGGGGAAGGUGGAUGGCCGCAUGCUCCAUUACAUGACUGUGGAUGACCUGCUGUCCUUGAAGGUCAUCAGUGUGCUUCACCACCUCAGCAUCAAAAGAGCCAUUCAGGUGUUGAGAAUAAACAACUUUGAGCCCAACUGCCUGCGCAGGAGGCCGUCAGAUGAGAAUAAUGUGACACCUUCUGAGGUCACCCAGUGGACCAACCACCGCGUGAUGGAGUGGCUGCGCUCCGUGGAUCUGGCAGAGUAUGCGCCCAACCUGCGGGGCAGUGGAGUGCACGGGGGGCUGAUGGUUUUGGAGCCCCGUUUCAAUGUAGAAACCAUGGCCCAGCUGCUGAACAUCCCACCCAACAAGACACUGCUGAGACGGCACUUGGCCACUCAUUUCAACCUCCUGGUGGGGCAGGAGGCCCAGCAGCAGAAACGUGAAGCCAUGGAGUCCCCAGACUACGUCCUCCUGACAGCAACUGCCAAAGUCAAGCCAAAGAAACUUACCUUCAGCAAUUUUGGGAGCCUGAGGAAGAAGAAGCAGGAUGAUGUGGAGGAGUAUGUGUGUCCUAUGGAGCUGGGACGGGCAUCUGGCAGUGGAUCAAAGAAGGGCUUUAAGCCUGGCCUGGAUAUCCGAGUAUAUGAUGAUGAUGAUUUGGACAGGCUGGAGCAGAUGGAAGAUUCAGAAGGGACUGUGAGGCAAAUAGGAGCAUUUUCUGAAGGCAUCAACAACUUGACACACAUGCUGAAGGAAGAUGAAAUGUUCAAAGACUUUGCCACUCGCUCUCCUAGCACCAGUAUAACAGAUGAGGACUCCAACGUGUGA